AUGGUUAUGUACGAAAUUCUCUUCAGAUCUUUUCCAUAUAGUGAUAAGGUUGAUCUUAAUGAAAUGGCUACAAAAGCAGCAGAAGGCGAGAAAAUUUCUCGACCAUCCGUUCAAAAAGACAAACAAUUGCAUCCUGACUUACAAGCUCUUCUGCAGGACUGCUGGCACGACUCACCUGAUGCGCGUCCAUCUGUACGACGAGUUCGCCUGUCUACAGAAUCAAUCAUGAAGACCAAAGGAAGUCUUGUUGACUCUAUGACUCGAAUGAUGGAAGAGUACGCGAACAAUUUGGAAAAACUCGUGGGUGAGCGAACGGGAAUGUUGGAAGAAGCAACGAUCAGAGCCGAUAAACUGCUUGGCCAACUCUUACCUAAGUUUGUCGCCAACGAACUAAAAAAUGGACGUCCAGUUCCUCCAAAAAUGUAUAAAUCAGCGACCGUACUAUUUACGGAUGUUGUCGGAUUUACAAAGCUUUGUGGCUCGUCCACUCCGAUAGAGGUUGUCAAUCUUCUUAAUAGCGUCUAUUCUGGAUUUGACGAUAUCAUAAACAAACAUGACGGAUAUAAGGUGAGUAAACGAGAAUAGCA